AUGGCCACCAAAACUGCGACGAACAAGGCAGCGCCAAAGCAGAGCACAAAAACACCUCCGACAAAGAAGAAUUCUAUACAGACCACACUCAUACCGGCCGACGUUGCGAAGAAGUCUUCAACGAACAAUGGCAAGAAGCAGAAGCCAGCAGGGACGCCGAAUGGCAAUAUCAUGACGUUCUUCAAGAAGGCUGAGGAGAUCAACAAUCGUAUAUUUCUACAGGAACGAGGGUCGAAUCCAACAGUCCUACUCGAAGAUGAGGAGGAAGACGUGGGCUGGAGUGACGAGAAGAGCAAGAGCAUCGUUUCAGACAACGAAGAUCGAUACAAUGAGAAUAGUGGUAGCAUCAAACGGCGCAAAGUCAGCGAGGAAGUUGCUGUGCCUCCAGCCUGCUCACCCCCUCCACCGACAGACUGCGAGAGUAACAUGGACGCUCUUGCAGCCCUCGCUCCCAAACAAACGCUCAAGCCGCGUAAGAAAUCAGGACCGUUUGUGGACGAUUCAGAGUCCGAAGACAGCGAAGCGGAGAUACCUGCUAUAACUCCAGAAACCGAGGAUCCAUUACCCCCGGAAAGCAUUGAACAUUCCAUUGCCCAUGCACCACCACGCAAGUCAGAACCCGCCAACCAAUACGAUGGAGGAGGUUACGAGUAUUACGAUGAUCUCGAGGAUGAUGAGUUGCUUGAAGGCGAGGAGUAUGAUGAGAGGCGCUGGAUGAAGGAACAGCAGAAGCUGGAAAUGGAAGAGGCAGGCUUUGAAGGCGACCCCGACGACUUUGAGGCGCCUUUCCUAUUCCCCGAAAGCAAUGUCACGGAGAGCAAGCGAGGAGAAAAUGGUACCCAGGAUGUACUCUCAUGCCCUAUAUGCGGCGGCAGCCUCCCCGGCUUGUCAGAACAAGAUGUGACUGCCCAUGUCAACGCGUGCCUGGAUGGCGAACCACUUCCACUUCCUACAACCAAGACGGAACAGCAAAGCAAACCAACUGCUGCAGGUAAUGCGAGGGCUUUCAAGCGACCAGAGAGACCGGCCAAACCCGGGCAAGCAAACCCAUUCCAGCUUGCGAAUCCCAGCUCCCAGCCAAACUCGGCGUUUUCCAAGCUGAUGGCUGGUCACGCCGAAGAUGCGGCGUGGGCAACCGCGGCAGCUGAAAAUAACAAAGCCCGAGGCAAGCCUGCAUAUCAGCGCACCUGUCCAUUCUACAAGAUCAUGCCGGGCUUCUUCAUCGCCGUCGACGCUUUUCGCUAUGGUGCCGUCAAGGGCCAGAACGCGUACUUUCUGAGCCAUUUUCAUAGCGAUCACUAUGUUGGACUUAGUGCGUCGUGGAAGCAUGGCCCGAUAUAUUGCAGCAAAGUGACAGGGAACCUAGUGCGGCAGCAACUGCGGGUUGAUCCAAAGUGGGUGGUCGACCUGGACUUUGAGGUGAAGACGGAAGUGCCGGGAACUAGCGGCGUUUUUGUGACUAUGAUACCAGCAAACCAUUGUCCCGGCAGCUCCCUUUUUCUCUUUGAAAAAGAAGUGGGCAAAGGCAGUCACCCAAGGUUGCAAAGAGUUCUACAUUGUGGAGACUUCCGCGCCUGUCAGGCACAUAUCGAGCAUCCACUUCUUCGGCCAGACGUGCUAGACGUGGUAAGUGGGAAGAGUAAGCAACAAAAGCUCGAUGCGUGCUACCUCGACACGACCUACCUCAACCCGAAGUAUGCUUUCCCACCGCAACAACAGGUCAUUCAGGCUUGCGCGGACAUGUGCGUCAGUCUCAGCAAGGCUCGUGCCGACGAGUCAGAUGGAUGGGAGAGGAUGAAGCGGGAGCGCGCCGGACAGGGCAUGGUAAGCUUUGUGCAAAAAGACUCUACCGCGGAGAAGGCAUCGGAGCCAAAGAGUCCUGAGCGUGGCCGCCUUCUCGUUGUUGUGGGUACAUACAGCAUUGGAAAGGAGCGCAUAUGCACCGGCAUCGCAAAAGCCUUGAAAAGCAAGAUAUACGCUCCUGCCAACAAACAGCGUAUUUGCAAAGCUCUCGAGGACCCCGAACUAGAUGCACUACUCACAACCGACCCUCGUGCGGCUCAAGUCCAUAUGACACCGCUCUUUGAGAUAAGAGCAGAGACUUUGGACGACUACUUGCGUGGCUAUGCUGACACCUUUUCACGCGUUGUCGGCUUUCGACCCUCGGGCUGGAACUAUCGCCCGCCCAAAGGUCGCUUUACGGAAUCGCCGCAAGUACAGACGGUCCUACACUCAGACAACUGGAAGAGCACAUUCUCCAUGAAAGACUUGAAGCCGCAAGCGGGUAGCGGGAGUCGGGCGAGUUGCUUCGGUGUACCGUACAGUGAGCACAGCAGUUUCAGGGAGCUGACCAUGUUCUGCUGCGCACUGAGAAUCGACAAGAUCAUACCUACGGUCAAUGUCGGCAACGCCAGCAGCAGGGAAAGGAUGAAGGUCUGGUGUGACAAGUGGGCUGCUGAUAAGAAGAAGAAUGGCCUCUUCAAGUUGGGUGCGAGCGGUGAGGGGUGGUAG